AUGUUGGACUUCAAUCCUGCAGAGGAUGUUCUUCUUGCUAACUACGGUUUGAGCACCACCACGCCACGCAGUCUUGGAGACUUGAAGCCCGCGGUGUUUGAACCAUCGACCUCCGAAGCCAACAAAGAGACUCCAGAUAUAGACUCCAUAGUGGAGAGCAUGACCACAGAACAGAAGUAUUCGCUUUUAGGAAAGUUAAUGGGUCAAACGGAACUGAAACUGGGCAGUAAGAAGUUGGCGGCAACAGCAGCAGGUACCAAUGAUGACCCCUUGGGAAUAUACAAUGCACAACAGGUGAUGGACGAGUUGAUCACUAAGGGGGAGCUCCUAAGUAUUGAAGACAAUGCCAAUUGGGAAAAGUUUUCUAUAGGCAGUCAAACGUUCAAUAGUCAACUUUAUUUAAGUCAAGUUCAUAGUGAUACCACCUUACAGGAAUUGGUACGAGGGAUGGACUACAUUCUGGAUACACUUGAAGCUCAAAGUGUUCAAUUGAAACUGGUGGUUGAUUCCAAUUAUCUUGAUUUCAUUAAUAUCAAAACUGCCUUAGACGAUGUGUUGAUAAAGUUUAAAACCCAAAAAAACCUGAUAGACAGAGAGAAUAGUACUGUGUUCAACCCUAAUAAAACACGAGGACUUCGAAGAUUAAACAACAGUAAUAAUAAUAAGAGCACUGAGAGUAAUAAGAACUUGGUUUCGGAUUUGGAAAUCACCCUUCAAGGUUUGAGCUCUUCAUUUGCCUUACUGAUGAGACCAAUAUUUGACCAUAGAGGUAAAGAAAUGAAAAUUGCCCAAACAAUUGAAUAUGUGAUUAAAUACAAGUUCUUCUUUGACAUGCCCCAACAAUUAACUAGUUAUUUGCAGAGCAACAAGCACGAUUUAUUAAUUGAGACGUAUAACUCCUAUUUAACUCAAAGAAAGGUGUUAAAGAUUGAAGCUCAGAGUAGCCCCAGUUUGAAGAAGUUUGUCAACACAGCACUUUUGAAAGUGUUUGAUGUCAUAGAAGGUUUGAUUAGGGAGUAUAGAGAAAAUAUCUACAAGGAAUUAUUGGCCAUGGAUUCUGCGAAAUCUGCUAAAUUUAGUGGGUUAGUCGAUAAGUUACUUCAAUUCCCAGGUUCAGAUAACCCAAUCAUCAAGUUUCUUGAUUCACAACUCGACCAAUUGGCAAAGGAAUUGGACUACCAAGUUGCAAAGUUUGAUAGAAGCUUUAUUAGUAUGCAAUCGAAACUUAAGGGAUAUGCUCGUUCUCUUGACAUGACAAGAACCAACGAAUCCUUUGUCAAGUUUGUGUUGGACAAAUAUAGAACCAUUGAAGAUGAACUUAGGACAUCUUCUUAUUCGGCUCAACAUGAUCAUGGACCAGUUAUCAUUGAGGUGUUUGAAGCCAAUGAGAACGUUGACUUUUCUAUCAUCAACGAAACAUGGUUAAUCUUGACUAAGUUUAUUGAGUCUUUACAAGUUAUCUUUUCAGAUAGUCUUGGAAUCUUUGCAUCUAACUAUUCCACUUAUUAUCACUACGAUAAUGAUGGGAAAGUAUGGACCAAAUUUUUGACAUUGGUUGAAUCAAUGGUUGCAUUUUUAAUUGAUUUAUUUAAUGAUGCAAAUAACUCCGAAUCAAAUACUGCAGCCAUAGUGGAAGCUUCUCCUCAAAUUUAUACCCGGUUCAUUCCUCAUUAUAGUAAUUCAAUCUCAUCCAUUUCAUAUUUGACCGUUGUGAAUAGAUGUGUGGGUAAGUUGUUAACUGUUAUGGGUGGACAUGUUGUGAAGCUUGGGAACUUGAUCCAAUAUCCCGAAACAAACAAUGUGGUUAAGCAUUUACGUAGUGCUUCCACUAAGGUUAGUCAAAAGAUUACUGAAGCCAUUUGUUCAACUUGGGUUAAUGAUUGUUCUCAAUUCUAUGAACUUGAAAAAUGGGAGAUUGUUGAUACUAAAUCCAAUCAUCAUGGAACAGCAGCAGCUUCCUAUACUAAAUUGGUGCAGGUUAUUGAAUACUAUCAAACUUAUGUAUUGAGCAAAUUGGCAUCUUUGGUAUUUGACAAUUUAGGUGAAUCUCCUGUUAGAAUAGUUGCUUCAUAUCCCAGCAAACGAACGCUUGUUAGUAUUGAAAUUCAGUUUAUGCGGAGUUUGAAUAUUCUUGUGGAAUCAAUCAUGAAGAAAUAUAAUGUUGAAAUGCACCGGGAUCAAAGAGAAGAUUUGGAAUUAUUUAAAAUUCUAUCUAUGAACAAUUUUGACGAACUUCAACGUCAAGUUUAUCCUCGGAUCAUUCGAAAGUUUGAUACUUUAUUCGAUAAGCAAUUGUCCGACCAACAGUUGAAAUUGUUUGAUGAUAUUGAUAAGGUUUCCCAAACCAUUUUCCACGAUAUUCUUUUGAAGGAGAAAUCAUGGAUCAACAGAGAAGUCAUUAGAUUCUUUGCUAAAUUAGAAAAGGGAGAUAUGUCCAUGACUUCAUCUACACAAUUCCGAGCCGAUGGAUUAAUAUAUGAAAUACUAAUUCAUUUUGUCCGUAUAACACAUUCAGUGAAACCACUAACAAAUGGUGAAGUAUUCCAAGAGAUUAUUACCGAGCUUCAAGAACUGUUUUUAAGAGAUUUUAUGAAUGAAUUGCGUUCUUUCACUCCUAAAGAGGGCUGGCCCACCAAGUUUAAGCUUGAUAUUAAUUUCUUUGUGGAGAUUUUUGAACUGUCGAUUACUUUGAAACUUAAUGAACGGUGUCUUGAUAUUGUUAACAGUAUCUUACGGCAUAUUGAUCUGUUUGGAGAAGUUAUGAUAACAGAGGCUCUGUUUAAUGAUGCCUUGAAUGCCAAUUUAAGAGAUAGUGCCAUGGAGUUUGAUUGCUUUUUGUGA